UAUCCCGGUCUUUGCCUUUCUCCAGCUCCUGUUCUAUAUUGGCUGGAUUAAAGUAGCCGAAGCGCUCCUUAAUCCGUUCGGGGCAGAUGAUCAUGACUUCGAACUGGUGCAACUGUUGCAGAGGCACAUUGAGAUGUCCCGCUUGCUGUCAGAGCCGUGCCCGAGCCAGCUGCCGGAGACCGUGCGAGAUUGUGAAACAACCCAUCCGGCCAACUUUGUUAACUACGCAGAUAUUGAUGAAACUCGGUCCGGAAACUCCGAUGAUUUUUAUAGGGACCGAAAAGACUUCACUGAGGCUUACUUGCUUACUUACUUCCCUUCUACUUUGGAAAGCCCAACGUCAACUACUGACAUUCCACUGGUUGCAAACCUCAACAAUGGUUUAACUCCCGGGUACUUGCUUAUUGCUAAGUGA